AUGUUUUUGUUUGUUCAGCUUUUGGGUGCCUCAAUCUUAGAAAACCUGGUGCUUGACGGUAAAAUACACGAAGCGUACGAGAACAUCUCGCAGGCAAGUGAUCCAUCCGAUCUUAUCUACGUUUACUUCUUGAAACUCCUGCACCGGGAGGAGGAUGCAAAUUUUUAUCUGAUGGCAGCCGAGAACUACUCCCCGUUCUUUCAGCACAUUUAUGCACACAAAGCAUUUUUCAACUUUGAAAUAGCAGCACCUGUUUCUGAGCUUGCGGGUGUUUAUUCAAAGGUGGCGAAGGGCAUUGUAACGAAGUACCUGACGAACCGUUUUCAGUUCCGUGACAAGAUGAAGUUUGAGAAGAUACAGGACAUACCACCGGUAAAUUAUCUGAUCAACUUGAUCACCAGCGGGGACAAGAAAGCUGAGGAGACAUACAUAAACCUGGUGCUUGCCGGGCAGAUUGACCCGAGAAACGAAAUACAAAAUUUGAAGAGGCUGUGCGAGACGGGCAAUGCAAAGGCGAUGACCAUUCUUGGCAAUCUCUACCUCGAGGGAUACGGUGUGCAAAAAUGCCUGAGCACGGCGAUGCAUUAUUUCAGGCAGGGUGCUGCCAACGGCGAUCCGCUCUCCUACAACGGCCUGGGGAAGAUUUUCAUGAAGGAGGGCCACAAGGAUCUGAAUCUUGCUAAGAAGUACUUCGAGGAGGCGGCAUCUCGGGGAAGUGCCGAGGGCGACUACAAUCUUUUCAUGUUCGUACGCAACAUUUACAAAAUUGAGGACAUGGGUCUCUCCUAUCUUCUCCGUUCGGUAAAGCGUUCCUACAUGCCGGCGCUGUUCUCGUACGCCAAGCGUCUUCUGACCAAUGGAGAGACCGCUGCUGCGGUCUCUCACAUGGUGCCUAUCUGUGACUUUGACGAGUGCAUUGUUGAGCUGCAGAACCGUGCACAGAAGGACUACCAGGAUGGACAGUAUGUACCAUGCCUGUAUAAGCUGCUCUUCCUGUGCGAAACAGGCAGUCUCAACAGCAUGAGUAAUCUCCUCUACCUUCUUAAGACACGCAAGGAUCUUGUGCCUGAACAGGACACGCUAUUCCACACAUAUUGCAGCAAACUUGCACAGAUGGGCCAAGUACACCACCUCGUAGAUCUUGCAGACACGUACUUCUACGGCAAGGGCACCGAGCAAUCGUACACCAAGGCGUUCUCCUUCUACUACUCUGCCAUGCUCUACAAAUCCGCACGUGGCAGUUACGCACUCUCAUACAUGUACGAAAACGGGCUGGGCUGCACGAGGAGUAUCACUGAUGCGAUGAGCAUGCUGUACAAGGCGUACGCCUACGAUGAGAACACGUACCUGUUGGUGUGGUACACGAUGAUAAAAAUAUAUUUGGUCGUUAUGACCAGGAUAGCGUACUCCGUGCGGUGGCUCAUCGGGUGUGCAUUAGGCGCGCUGCUUGGAUACCUUUUCAUUUUUAAGCGUAGGAUGCAUAAAUAAAGAUUGUGAGUUUGGUA